AGAAUAAUGAAUAAUAAAGAAGAAAGAAUAAGGAUGAAAAAAAAAAAGAAUAAGAAUGAAAAGAAGAGAGAAAAAGAAGAAGAAGAAGAAAAAGAAGAAUAGAAGAGAAUGAAGAAGAAGAAGAACAAAAAGAAGAAGAAUAGGAGAAAGGAAAAAAAAAAGAAGAAGAAGAAGAAGAAGAAGAGACGAAAGAAGAAGAAAAGAGAACAGGAAAAGAGAAAGAAGAAGAAGAAGAAGAAGAAGAAGAAGAAGAAAGGAAAGAAGAAGAAGAAGAAAAGAAUAGAAGAAGAGAAAAAGAAGAAGAAGAAGAAGAAGAAGAAGAAGAGAAGAAAAGAACAAGAAGAAGAAGAAGAAGAAGAGAAAGAAGAAAGAAGAGAGAGAAGAAGAAGCAAGAGAAGAAGAAGAAGAAGAAAAGAAGAAGAAGAAGAGAAGAAAGAAGAGAAGAAGAAGAAGAAGAAGAAGAAGAAGAAGAAGAAGAAGAAGAAGAAGAAGAAGAAGAAGAAGAAGAAGAAGAAGAAGAAGAAGAAGAAGAAGAAGAAGAAGAAGAAGAAGAAGAAGAAGAAGAAGAAGACACUGGGUUUCAUUCUGAUCCUAACUGAUUAG